UGCGGGGGCGCAAGUGGGGCGACUGGCGUGGCGCUAUUAUUUGUCCAUUCCGCCAUGUUUGAAGUUCGAUAGGUGGCCACAAUUUCAGCUUUUGUCGUUCGUGUUGAAACGCGUCUAGCGCGUAAAUUUUGGAAAUAUGAAGAAGGUCAUACAGCCAAAUGUCAGAAAGGUUUACGGGCCGAGUAUGCAGCAGCAGCAGACGGAGAUUCAGAUGAAUGCCGUCCGGAAGAUCAACAGCCUGCUGUCGACGGGCGCGGUGAGCGUGACGGGCCCCACACAGCCGCGCAUCCUCAAGCAGAAGCCCCAGAUCUUCGGGCUGAACAGCCAGCAGUCACAGAAGUGCUACGUGUGCGAUGAGGCGUGCGGCAUUGGGGCGUCGGUGCUCCUGGACACACUGACGCCGCACUCGCACUCCAAGCUGCCGAACAAGAUUGGCCGUCUGAUUGGGGACGCCUUCCUGGUGAUUGUGCGUGCCGACGAUGUGGUGUGCAAGCGCUGCGUGAGCCUCUUCGGCCGCAUGGACAGCCUGGAGACGGAGCUGGAGCGCAUCCGGAGCAACGUGCUCACAUUCAUCUGCAAGAAGUACGGCAUCACAGAGGACGAGAUCCGUCCGGGUGGCGUGAACAGCGGGCCGCCGCCGGCCAAGGUGCAGAAGAUCGCCGGCGGCACGAAAGUGGUGACGCGAAUCCUGGCCACGGCCGACCACGAUGACGGCGAGGAGGUGCGCAAGCUGGCCAGGACAGAGGCGGCGGAGUACGAGAACACAGAGGUGCGCACGAUGCCGGCGCUGGUGCGGGCGUCCACGAACAGCAGCGCCGUGCGGAAGGUGGUGUCGUCCGGGCAGCCGGCGCAGCGGGAGCCCAUCAAGAUCUACCGGUGCGCCACGUGCGAUCACACGACGCCCGACCUGAAGCAGUUCCAGGCGCACUACGAGACGUGCCGCAGCACGUGGCCGUGCAAGGUGUGCCGGAAGAUCUUCACCACGUCGUCGGCACUGAAGCAGCACACGGCGGAGAAGCACCCGUCGGACUACACGUGCCACUUCUGCAAUCUCAACUUCCUCAACGACACCGCGUACAAGAAGCACCUGGAGGUGUCGCAUCCGGACGUGAAGCUGGUGGAGAGCCCGGCGGCGGCCACGCCCGCCAACCAGACGGGCGCCGGCCGCGGCGUCAUCUACACAUGCAGCAUCUGCCAGUGGAAGACGGGCGAGCGGCUGGCGUACGAGGAUCACAUGCGGAAGCACAACAAGAUGAAGCCAUUCAAGUGCCGUAUCUGCAAUAUGCGCUUCGAGACGAGGGAGAGCGCAAGUAAACAUGCCAAAACCCACCAGCCGGACUACUUCAAGUGCGGCGACUGUGCCGCGUCAUUCCAGCAGCGUGAGCAGCUCAUGAAGCACUUCGAGGUGCACCACAAGGCCGGUGGCCAGAAGGUGGUGGUCAGCAGCAACAGCACGCCCACAUCGCAGAGUGUCACGACGCAGAAGCUGCUCCAGGAGACCAUCGACGAGGCGCUGCGUGACUCUGGCGACGGCCUGGAUCCCAAGGGCAUCCACUUCUUCUCCUGCAACAUCUGCUCGCUGACGUUCAUCCAGGAGAACUACUACAAUCAGCACAUGGAGACCCACAAGCGGGACACGAAGAAGGUGAGCACGGCCGGCACACUGCCCACUGUCUCUGCGGCGGCCACCACGGCGCAGAGGCAGAGUCUCAUCCGGCAGGACGUGAGGAGCACCAAUGCCACCAUCCUGGGCACGCAGGGCGCCACGAUAAGUGACGCCGAUCUGGAGAGCAUCUUCGAGAAGAUGCACGCGGAGAAGGGCGAUGGCGACGCCGCGAGCGCCGUGCAAACCACCACGAGUGACAAUCUCGUCAUCACCAAGCAGUCCACGGCCAGCGGCGGGAUCACGUACAACAUCACCAUCCCGCAGCAGCAGGACGGAAGCACCGCAGUACAAGAAGCGGGUGGCGGAAAAGUUAUAUUCCAUGCAAAUGAGGGCGAAGGCGGCCAGAUCUCGGCCGGCAUCGAUAUGCCGGUGCUGGACAACAUGGACGAGAGCGAGGCGGCGCAGCAGCAGCAGGAGGGGCACCAGCAGCAGCAAGAGGCUACGGAGGGCGGCGCGGCGGAGGCGGGAGGCGACGCCGCGGCCAGCGGAGCGCCGGUGAGCAUGCCGAGUCUCGAUGAUGACGCCGACUCGCAGAGUCAAUCGGCCAACAUUGACGCCGUGCCGAUGGAGCUGGAUGAGAUGCAGAGUGGCGUGGAGGGGGAGCAGAUAAAGUUCAUACUGAAUGAGAAUGGGCAGCUGCUGCAGCUGGACAAUCACAUCAUCACGACGGACGCGGAUGGGAAUCAGAUAAUCGUCCAGGGCGCCGACUCGGAGCAUCUGCAGCAGCUGCUGCAGUCUGUGGCGGGUCUGGAUGGCAGUACAAUCCAGAUGAUUGGGGACAACAAUCAGAUGAUACUCGUCCAGCAGGGCGACGGCGAGCCACAGCUGCUGGACGCGUCGCUGCUGAAUGCCGACGGACACAUUGUGAUCCAGCAGGCGCAGGAUGGCGAGAGCCAGAGCUCAGAGGACGUCCAGAUUCCCACCACGGUGGCCUACACGACGGCCGGGGGGCAGGUGAACGCCGAGGAUGGCGAGCACCAGGCGGAGGAGGAGCAGCAGCCGGUGGACGGCGAGGUGGUGGGCGAGCAGACGCAGGAGGUGGUGGGCGAGCAGCCCAUGGAGACGGAAGAGGAGGAGGUGGCCAAGGAGGUGACGGAGGAGCAGGAAGUGGAGCAGCAGGUGAAGGAGGACACGGAGGAGCAGACGAAGGUGGCCGAUGGCGAAACUGAGGGCACGCCAGUCACGUCUGUGCAGACAACAACAUCGUCAGAUGUGUUUUUCAACAUUGACGACCUCAUGGGACAUCCAGAAGCGGAGCAGAAGUGAACAAAUGGAAGUCACUGCGCGGCGGAGGAUUUGAUUCCUUCGGCCGGAGGAGAAGACAGACAGAAACACUGGACGGGAGCAAGAGAGUGCAGGUAAUGUUAGUAGAGAAAAAAUAUAUCUGUAAAUGCAAUUAAAAUAUUGGAAUAUUAGUGGAUAUAUUGAAGAUAGCGAAAGAGAGAGAGAGAAAGAGAGAAAAGUUAAAUGUGUGAGGAAGAAAGGAGUAUAAAUUGGGAUUGAGAUUUCUUUUAUAUAUAUGAAGAGAAGAAAAAAAACUAGUUUCAAAACAUGAUAAUUGGAUAAAGACGCUUCAAGGAUACUUUGAGGUUAUUUCAAAGGAUUGAUUAAAUUGAUGAAAAAAAUCCACCUUUUGGGCGGAAAAGAUGAUGAUUUAUGGGCAGUAUUGAAAAUGGAAGAAAAAACCUAAAUUACAAGAGAAUGUAAUUUUUCUAUAAAACAGAUUUGAUGAUUGUGAGAGAGAAAGAAAGAAAGAAAGAGAGAAGAAAUUUGACAUAAUUUUGAUGAAUGCAAUUUUAUGUUGUAGAUUUUUGACGAUGAGAGAAGUGUGAAGAAAGAAAAAGCAUAAUUGAGAAAUUAUCCUUUAUCACUAGAGAAAAAAGAAAGGAAGAAAAUCAUGAAUAGGAAGGAAAUUCAAAAUACAAUAUUAAUUAUCUUAAAGAGAAUAAUAGGGUUUAUUGAUGAUUAAAGAGGAAGAAAGAAGAAAAAAUAUGUGAGAGAGAGAAAAGAGAGCAUCUUUACACUCUUUUUUCCUUUCCCUUCGCGCGCCACCCUUUGAAUCCCUGGCCAGGAGCAAAGCAUUAAUGUUCACCCCACAUCCUUUUAAUCAUUUUGCAAGACACAAGACAAAAACAACAAAAUACGCAAGAGAUGUUAAGAAGAAGACACACAAAAGGAAGAGGAACACAACUAAAGAAAUAUAUUUUAAAGAAGAAGAAAAAAAAGAGUCCCCAGAAAAACAGUCUCUCAUGAUAGCAAAAAAAGAAGAAGAAAAGAAAAUGUAAUGAAGAAGAAUUGUUCAAAUCAAAAGCAUGAAUUAAUGGGAAAAAAUGACGAGAAAAAGAAAACAACAAAAAUAUAUCUCUUUUGAAGUGUAAUUUAAAGAAAAAAAAAAUACAAGAAGAAAAAAAGCUAAAAACACAUACAAAAAAAUUAGACUUUAAUAAUUUAGUUUUACUUUUAAAGAAAAAAAAUCCUUAGCUUCUAAGUGAGUUUGAUUGGAAGAACAGAGAAAAGAAGAAGAAGAAAAAAAAAUGAUAGUGAAAAAACACACACAUUCUUGGAUUUGAAAGAAAAUUUUCAAUGACAUAAGAAUUCUUUUAAGAAACUGAGAAGAAUGAA